CUGUGAGGCCCGCAUGGCCGUGGUGCCCGGGGCUGAGGCCGCGUUCUUCGAGGUCCUGGACCGGCACCGGGCUUCACUGGUGGCCGCCCUGAGGCGAAGCGGCGCAGAGGCCGGCACGCAGGGGACCCGCCUGGCCUCCAGUGCUGAGGUUCUUGCAUCUAUAGAAAACAUUAUGCAAGACAUAAUCACAAGCUUGGCAAGAAAGGAAGCACCUGCCUUCACAAUAGACAACAGAUCCAGCUGGGAAAAUAUAAAGUUUGAAGAUUCUGUUGGCCUUCAGAUGGUGGCUCAUUGUACCACAAGAAAAAUCAAAAGUGAUUCUCCAAAAUCAGUUAAAAAUUUUGCUCUAAUUCUUAAAAUAUUGUCCAUGAUUUAUAAAUUAGUACAGAGCAACACUUAUGCAACUAAAAGAGACAUAUAUUACACUGACAGCCAACUCUUCGGUAACCAGACUGUUGUGGACAACAUUAUCAAUGACAUUUCUUGUAUGCUCAGAGUGCCCAGGAGGAGUCUGCAUAUAUUAUCGACAUCCAAAGGGCUAAUAGCUGGCAAUUUAAGAUACAUUGAAGAAGAUGGCACCAAAGUGCAUUGUCCCUGUGGCGCGACAGCUAUUGCUGUGCCAUCUAAUAUUCAAGGAAUUCGGAAUUUAAUUACAGAUGCAAAAUUUCUGUUAAUUGUAGAAAAAGAUGCAACAUUUCAGCGUCUCCUAGAUGAUGACUUUUGCAACAAGAUGUCUCCAUGUAUCCUGGUUACGGGAAAGGGUGUACCUGAUCUGAACACGAGACUUUUAGUCAAGAAGCUGUGGGACUCGUUUCACAUUCCUAUUUUCACACUAGUAGAUGCUGAUCCACAUGGCAUAGAAAUAAUGUGCAUCUAUAAGUAUGGGUCCAUGUCUAUGUCUUUUGAAGCCCAUAACCUCACAGUUCCAGCUAUGAGAUGGCUUGGGCUACUCCCUUCUGAUAUUAAAAGGUUGAAUGUACCCAGAGAUAGUUUGAUUCCACUGACAAAACAGGACCAAGUGAAGCUUGAUAGCAUCCUGAAGAGGCCUUAUGUUACUUGCCAGCCAGUUUGGAGGAGAGAAAUGGAAAUAAUGGCAAACUCUAAAAUGAAGGCAGAAAUCCAAGCUUUGACCUCCCUGUCCUCAGAUUACCUUUCCAGAGUGUACUUACCUAACAAAAUAAAAUUUGGAGGAUGGAUAUAAAAGUACAUUUGUAGAAUGGAAGAACCUCUGUUUGCCAGAGGCUUUUCAUUAGUUUAACAGGCAAACACUGUUGUGGAAAGAAUAUAUAUUUGUAGUUCUGUAAAGUGAAAUAAUUUCCAUUAUGUUUUGUCAAAACAAAUGCUAUAUUCUUAUUUAGAAGAUUAUCUGCAUACUUAUUUUUAUUCUAUCGUCUACAUUGUAAAAGAAUAUGAUUUUGAUUUUGAAAUUUUAUUUGAAAAAGUGUUUUGUAUGCAUAAAAAUCUUAUGAAAUAUUUUAUUUACCUUCUACAAUAUAACUAAAUAAGAUAUGAGGUAUUUUACUAGUAUCAACAACAGUCAAUCUAUAAUAUUGCAAAGGAAUUAUAGCAUCUGGUAAUUUCUUUUCACAUUCUCUUUGCCUUCAUAGUAUAGGUGUCCUCAUGCAUUAAUUUACUUCCAAAACUAGUAAAAUUUACCAUGAAUAAAUACUUGGAUUGAUGUAGUCUUCAGUGCUUUAUUUUGUUUUGUUUUGAGCAUACUUUUUGUCAACUGUAUUAGUAGAAAAUUUUUCUCCAGGUGUUAUGCAUUAUUGCCCAAAUUCAAGCCCAGAAUUCUUUUGUCUAGGUCUAUAGAACAAUGAACUUCUUCAGUUUUAAGAUUCACAAGUCUCAAAUUUUAGUAGGUGCUUCUCCAACAGUAACAAUAUGUUCUUUUCGCCUUAUACACUUACCUUAAUUUUGAUAUACAUGAGUUUUAUGAUUUUAUUCUGUACUUUCAGUAGACAGCUGUACCAAACAUUGCUAGUGAUUUUAAGCAAGAAUAUGUAUUUAUAUCAGUACAUAAAUGUUGGG